UUCCUUUUAGCCCUUCAGUUCUUGAUUGCGCAACCAACAAUUCGAAAGGGUUUGCUGCACCACCUGCUUCUGAACCAACUAAUCCUGUAAAUCCACCACAACCUUCAGAUACACCUGCAGCACAACCAACACAACCAGCACAACAAGCAGCAACUUCUGAUACUCCUCCCGUACAAUCACCAGUGGUGUCACCACCACCACUUAAUCCGUCGUCACAGGCUGCAAAACAACAACCCUCAGCAGCGGUAGCGGCGCCUUCAGUCACAAAUAAAAAAAGUGCCAUAACCGCACCUAAUCCUCAAGGUGGUGGUGCCGUUACUAUUACAUCAACAUCAUUUGUAGAUAAUCCAUCACCUAAUCCAAAAUCUAAUACUAAUGCCGAUAAUGCCAAUAGUAGUAACGAUUCCAGUAGUAGUUCUACCAGUAGUAUCAUCACGGCUGCUAUCGUUGUUGGUACAGUGGUUGUUGCUGCAGCUAUUGGCAUAUGGAUAUUUAGAAAAUGGAAACUUUCGCCAUCACGAAACUUCAAAGAAAAAAUUCAGCCUGUCGAUUUUGGACCACGUUCAGCAGAAUCAGAUGAAAUAUUUUUACGUGGAUUACAAGAACCUUAA